GGGAGCCUUUUCCUUGGCUAAAAAACAGAUGAUUAGACCUCGGAUUGCUAGUUAUCUCCACAUAUAAUGACGUGUAUGCAUUAGCUCUAAGAGACCUCGGAAUUGGUCUCAAUAACUACCUAGGUAAUCAGUGGCAUCGAGGGAGCUAAGCCGAAACUGCUUUUUCGGUCCCCAAAAGCCUGGCCAUUCCUUUCUCUCGCCAUUCAAAAUCAUUCGUUAUCAUUGUUAGGAGAAGAUUCUCCAUUGAACUUGCCUCAACCGUACUCAAGCUCUUCCACAUUAUCAACAUCAUCAUCAUGAGUGAAAUCAAGCAAAUUUCUCUCGCUGAAGUUCAGAAACACAACAAAAAGGAUGACCUGUGGCUAAUAAUUCAUUAUAAUGGUGCGUAUUUGCGUCUACAGAUUCCCGACCAUGUGUUGACAGCUUCACAGUUUACGAUGUAACCAAUUACCUUGAGGAUCAUCCCGGUGGAGCAGAUUCCUUACUUGAAGUCGGAGGACAAAACUCAACGGUUGCUUUUGAAGAUGUUGGGCACUCAGCUGAUGCGCGAGAAACGAUGGAAGCAUUUCUGAUAGGCAGGUUGGAAGGUGCACCUGAUGAGGCAGAUGAAGAUAGAGGACUACCAAUGCCUAAACCAGAUCUGAAAGCAAAAUCCAAAGAUCAAGAUUUUAAUAGCGAAGCUCCACUCAUAACUGCAGGUAGAGCUGGACUUAAGAUUUUCUCGCUUGGAUCGGCGCUUUUCUUGGGCUUCGAAGUUUAUUCCAAAUCGCCAAGAAUUGGAUGGCUUCCUGCGCAACAUGGUGGAUUUUGGAAAGGAGUACUUGUUUCUAGUAUUGCUACAUUAUCUAUCGCGGCAGGAGUAGGACUUUACCUCGAGAAGGCACUAGCAGGAUCUGAAAAAAAUCCUUACUCAUACCCAUCGCAUUUCAAACCAUCCGUUUUCAUUGCAAAGCCAAUCACGAAAGUCAAAGGAUAUCUACAGCCGGAGAACUACCAAAAGUUGCCCUUAGUUAAAAAGGAGAAGAUAUCUUCGAAUACUUAUCAUUUAGUAUUUAAACUUCCAAAAGAUGAUAUGAUACUUGGUCUUCCAAUUGGACAGCAUAUUAGCAUUCGGGCGGAGAUUGACGGGAAGCUUGUUAGUAGAUCAUAUACGCCCGUUUCUAAUAACUCUGAUCCUGGAGAACUUCGAUUGGUUAUCAAGAUGUAUCCAGAUGGGCUUCUCACUGGAAAAUAUCUUCAGCACCUCAAAGUUGGGGAUGAGAUUGAGGUACGUGGACCAAAAGGUGCCAUGAGAUAUCGAAAAGGGAUGGUAAAGGAGAUAGGAAUGAUCGCGGGUGGAACAGGGAUUACACCAAUGUAUCAGGUAAUAAUAUCUACUCUGCCCUACAGAAUUCAAGCUGACAUGAAGAAGUUAAUUCGAGCAAUAUGUGAAGAUCCAACGGACAACACAUCCGUUACUCUUCUCUACGGUAACAACAGUGAAGAAGAUAUUCUUCUCCGGGAACAAUUAGAUGGUUUCGCAGAGAAAUACCCCGAGAACUUCAGGGUCCAUUACAUAAUAUCCAACCCAUCCAAAGAUUGGCAACGGGCUCAAGGAUAUGUGACAAAAGAGAUGGUCGAAGAGAAAUUCCCAAAGCCAAGUGACGACAGCAAGGUGUUACUUUGUGGACCUCCUGGUUUGAUUGAAUCUAUGAAAACUAGCUUGGUAGAGCUGGGCUGGCAGAAACCAAGAGCAGUCAGCAAACUGCCAGAUCCUGUCUUUUGUUUUUAGUUGCAUAUCGAUCAUUUGGUUAUUGGGAUAGGGCAUUGGAUUAUUAUUAGAGGAUAAGAAGAAAAGCGAGAUAGGGGAACCGAAGAAAUUCCCA